CAGAAAUAUCCUAAUUGGAUGGGCGGCGCAACAGGAGAGAGAAGGGAGUAGGCGACCCGUUUAUCGCCCGGCUGAAGCGCUCUCCCCGAGUAGAAAUCGUCAAUAUAUCGUCCACGGCCUGCGACGAGCGGGCGUUUGGCCUUCCCCCGCGAUCUCAUGCUCCUCCCUCUAUUUCCUUCCCAAAUCUCUCAUCCAGUUCACGCCAAACCAAUUCUUGCGCGCCAAAUCGAUGCAUAAAAUCCCAAAUCCAUGCCAGAUCACCCCCAAUCUCCAGCCCCCAAACCCUAGGCCCCAAGUCACCGUUGGCACCUGCGCGAGAUGUCCAGGAAGUCAAAAAGCGCCUCUGCGCCGUCACCUCAUGCGAUUCCUCCACCGUGUUCUCAGCCGGCACCCUCCCCGGCCAUCCCUUCGAUCUUUGGAUCUGGGCCUGAUGUCCACCGAAUCCACCGCCACAGUUCACGGCAUCGUCGUCCACGCCUAACUGGGUUGCUGGAUUACAGCAACCAUGGAUGGUGGUCUCAUCGUCGGCUCAAGACUCCUGGCGAGCACCUACUGGAAUUGGUGCUCCAAACACUAAGGACCCAGAUGUACGAGCAUGAUUCGUCGGCUGCGGUGGUUCGCCGGUCCGGCGCAUCGUCACCAUCUCUUUGUUGUCCUCUGUUUCGUCGUAACAAGAAAAAAGCCAACCACUGCAUUAUCUGGUUAAAACAUCUGCUUCCUUUCAAAGUUCUCUCUUCUCAAAGCUAAGUUGUGCUUGUUCAAAAGGCAUGUUUAGGGGAAGAAAUAUCACAGUUCAGAAUUCAAAUGGAAGAGAUCCCAUCGUAUAUGUUAUUAUAGAAGAUACCAAUGGUUUUUAUUUCAUACGUUACUGCCGGAUACAUCUGCUGAAAGUUUGGAGCUUGACUAGGAGCAUUACGUCAUUCCAACACCAACUGCGCCACCAUUUCAAUAUGCAGCAAACCUUGCUGCGAACCCAGCAUCCUUGAUUCAAACCGGAGCUUUACGGACAAAUGACAUGCUUCUCAGUGAUGGCAUCCAGAGCCCAAGAAGUGCUUCUGCAGCUUUUCAAGAUCAUAAUUAUGAUAACAAGGAUAAUGUGCCAUCGCCUGCAGAUUCUUUUAAGAAGUUGCAAGCUUCUGGAAUUGUAGAGUCAAAAUCAUUUGACAUCUUCACAACAUUGCAAGAGCAAGAUGGGCGAAAGGGACUUUUUGUAGACAGGGGUGUUGGCUGUACUAUGUUUGCAAAAUCAUUCAGUUCAUGUUCCCUGGCUUCUGUUCUUAAUUUUGUAACAGGAAAGGCUAUGUCAGAAGCAGCAGGAGCUGUUGCAGCAGCAGCUGUAGCUGAUCAGUUGCAUGGGUCAAAUGAGGACCGAAAUCUAGCGAUUGUUUUGGUUGGCCUACGAGCUCGUGGUAAAACAUUUACUGCAGUUAAGCUUACGAGGUACCUUUGUGAGUUAGGUCAUGAAACCAGACAUUUCAAUGUUGGAAAGAUUCUUUGUGAUGCACUGAACUCCUGUUCAGACUUGAAACUGACAAACAAAAAAGGGCACAAACAGGCUUCAGUGAUUAAUGGUCCCCACUGGAGAGGAAAAAUAAAGGGUUGUGGCCAAAAGCUUUUCAGGGUGAAAGGAGAACAAAGUCUCAAAGAGAACAGACAAACCAUAUUGCAUUACUGUUACCGAGGUGUGGCUUAUAUUGAAGCUUCUGCAACGAUUUACCAAGAUGGAAAGGUGUUGAUGUCCGAACUCUGGCAAGGUCGACGCGGUGCUUGCUCUGCGCCGCACGGUCGUCAGGUGGGAGGGCCUCGGGGUGGCAGCGGGAACGGCUAUGGAUCUGGCCAGACCCACCAUGGAUCCGGCUGGGGAGGCUGUGGAUCCAGUCGGCUCGGCGGUGGAUCUCCGACCUUGCGGUGCUUGUUUGCGGCCGCGGCUUCAGCUGGUCAUUCCUCACCGUACGGAUGGCGGCUCAACAUGGCUGCAGGCGUCAGCAGCCUCUGCGGCGGCCACGGUACCUAUCGCGCCUUUGGUCACCUCGCCGAUGGAUACGUGAACUGGCGGAGGUUGACAGCUACUUAAGGCAGCGCGCCCCCACUCUCUAGUGUUUGUGUAUUACCUCAAGAAUUUGUACAGGGCUGGGAUUCAUUGGAUACUACAAAUCCAGCAGAACUCUUAACAUUAACUUUUCAAACCAUGGGGAAGUUGAAGGAAUCUGAAGAAUUAUUGGAAAGGACACACCCUCUAACUACGCCCUCGCGCCCGUCACGACGGUGAAAGCUCCUUUGCCAUGAUUGUUGUGCUACCGCCCCAACGCCGAACACCGCCACUCUGACCAGCGCUCUCGCCCCCCACCUCGACGCAGAUUGAUGGAGAGCCUAGCGAAGGAUGGGGGGGGGGGAGGGAAACUGGCGAUGGAGCUCGAGUCCUCUAUCACGGUGGAGGACUGGCCUCGAGUCCUCUAUCACGGUGGAGGACUGGCGGCAUGCGCUCUCUCAGGUGGUGCCUUCUGUCGCCGUCCUCCGCACCACCGCGCCGCAGGCAUUCGACACCGAGGUCAUCGGCGCCAGCUACGCCAUGGGCUUCGUCGUCGACAAGUCCCACGGCAUCAUCCUCACCAACCGACAUGUCGUCAUGUCCGAUGGGGAUCGCGGCCUGUUGUCACGGAGGCAAUGUUCGUGAACAGGGAGGAGAUCCAUUCUAUCCCUUGUACAGAGAUCCUAUAAUUUGUUCUUGAUGGAUUUAAUGUUGCACUUGAGCCACCAGUAGAGCAAAGGAUUGGUAUUAGAGUAAUCCUGAGAAGUUUGAGAAUAUUGACCAUAUCAAAGUGAUGGAGGAAUCUCUGAAUCGCAAUCUGGACUUGACCUCCUAGAUGACAGGCGACUAAUACUUGCAUGGGAAUUGCAUCACCUAGCAAGUGAGUUUCUUGGUGAUAAUGGAAGAUCGUUAGCUUGGAUUGCAUCUCCAAUGCAGUUGCUUAGAGGGGUGCUUAUCAACAUUUCAACCCUUUUUCUUGCCAAGUGGGAUAUAAGGGCCCUAAUUCUGAAGCAUCGACGCUUGACGAGGCAUUCUUAGUUGACCCAUGUCUAAUGGAGAUUUAGACUAGUCUAAAGAUCAUCAGAAUACAUUUAUGAGCCUAAUGACUAUAACCAAAAUUGUUUACAGUAAAAUGAUAUUUGAGCAUGUCCUGAAUCUAGCCAGAUCUUAAAGUACCAUUGAGACAUUGAAAGUUUGAAACUAGAUUUUUACCUGCGUGGAUAUGAUAUUUAACCAGGCAGAUUUAUUAAACUUUGUGAAUAAUAUGUUUUUACAUUUUAUGCAUAUAGUUGCAAGCACUUGAAGCUGCGGGACUUCUUGAAAGUGAAAUGAUGAGUAUGCUAUCUCCAGGGAUACUUUGUUAACUUUAUUUAUGUAGUGA